AUGGGAAGGAGACCAUGCUGCGAGAAGGUAGGGUUGAAGAAAGGACCAUGGACUCCAGAAGAAGACAAGAAGCUAGUGGCUUAUGUUGAAAAACAUGGCCAUGGAAACUGGCGUUCAGUGCCUGCCAAAGCAGGUCUUCAAAGAUGUGGAAAGAGUUGUAGAUUGAGGUGGAUUAACUACCUCAAACCUGAUAUAAAACGAGGAAACUUCAGCUUGGAGGAAGACCGUGCCAUUAUUCAACUCCAUGCUCUUCUUGGAAACAAAUGGUCAAUCAUUGCAUCUCACUUGCCAAAGAGAACAGACAAUGAGAUCAAGAACUAUUGGAACACCAACAUCAAGAAAAGAUUCAUUAGAAUGGGCAUAGAUCCCAUUACCCACAAGCCAAAAGCCAACACCUUUGAAGCCUAUGGUGAUGACCAGUCCAAGGAGGCCACAAAUAUGAGCCACAUGGCUCAAUGGGAGAGUGCACGACUAGAAGCUGAAGCCAGAGAAUCCAUGUUGCAAAUUGGAUCUAGCUCUUUCCAUAACCCUCAACUAAUCAUAAGCAAAAUCCCAACUCAACCCUCUCUUUCAUUAUCAGAUUCAUUAUCAACAAAACACAACAACAUAGUGUAUAACAUGUACGCCAUCACCCUUGCCACAGAUCAUGACCUUCAAUCACCGGUAUCCACAUUGAGCUUCCCCGGUAACAAGCAUCCUACACUCACUACCCAUGUUGGGAAAUUCACCGAAAGCUCACACUCGUAUAAGGGUGAUGAUGAUAAUAUCAAAGAAACAAGUAGCACUCAAACUGAAAAGAUAAUGGAAGGUUAUGUGUCAAACCUACCAGAUGAUGAUGACAUCAUGGUGGCUGUGGAAGCAUUUAGAAGAGGAACGUGUGAGAGUAUCCCUGAAUUGUUGAAUAGUGCCUCUUCCAUGGAAGGUCUAAUUGAUGAUUCUUUUGAAGAGUAUAGAAAUGGAAACUGCAAUCUGUAUACCAACUUUCCAUUUCUGGAACAAAUUACUAAACUUGGAUAA